AUGGGUGUUGCUCCGAGCAUGUUGAAGUUAAUUCUUCAUUGGGACAGUAAGGGUCUCCCAAGAUUAAGGGAACGCGUUUUAAGUCGUGCUAUCUUUAGAAGGCAUGGUAGCAAGGCUACCAAGAAGCAGGGUAGCAAGAGAAGAAGCAGAGUGAUUUCAAGUAAUGAACCUAAUUUUGGCAAAUAUCCCUUAAUAGCUUAUAACCUCCGUCGAGAAUUUUUGGAGGCUAGCAAGGAGCCAGAUUAUAGGUUUCAUGAAGGUAAAGGCUCAGCUCAUUUAACGGGCCGGGGCCCGGUACCAGGUGAUAGCCCUGAAGCCACUCUCUCUUUUGUGAGGGGCACUCCCGUUCAGCCGGCCCGUUACAGAGCCUCAUCUUAUUUGGGCCGGGGUUUAGCCCCCCCUACCAAGGCUAGCAAGGCUAGCAAGGGUGCUAGUACCAGGCAUGCUCGUCUUGGUAGUUGGUAG